CCCAGGCCUUCCCAACGGGUUUGACCAGUUCCAUUCUGAUGGUAUUCCUGUACCACUGGGCUGGCCCCUCCUCCCCUCCUCCCCUAUAAAGCCUCUUGGGGUUCCCAGGCACCCAGACUCAGCCCACCCCAGCUUUGGGGGCCAGUACAUAGCCAUGAUCCUCAAUUGGAAGCUCCUGGGGAUCCUGGUCCUUUGCCUGCACACCAGAGGCAUCUCAGGCAGCGAGGACCACCCCUCUCACCCACCCGCAGAGGACCGAGAGGAGGCAGGCUCCCCAACAUUGCCUCAGGGCCCCCCAGUCCCCGGUGACCCUUGGCCAGGGGCACCCCCUCUCUUUGAAGAUCCUCCGCCUCCCCGCCCCAGUCGUCCCUGGAGAGACCUGCCUGAAACUGGAGUCUGGCCCCCUGAACCGCCGAGAACGGAUCCUCCUCAGCCUCCCCGGCCUGAUGACCCUUGGCCGGCAGGACCCCAGCCCCCAGAAAACCCCUGGCCUCCUGCCCCUGAGGUGGACCACCGACCUCAGGAGGAGCCAGACCUGGACCCACCCCGGGAAGAGUACAGAUAAUGGGGUCCCCCCAGCCGUUCUGCUCCCAGGCAUCUCCAGGCACCCACGCCCUCUCCACCCUCUGAUUCCCCAUGAAUUCUUCCCAAUUUAGCCUGUCUCCUUAAACCUCUUCCUCAUUCCUUCGGUUUUAUUCUGAUCCCGUAAGGUGGUGUUCUCAAUAUUUCCUGUCCCCUCCUGAGAUCCGUACUUAGUCCUCACAUCGCCCGUUUUUUCCUCUGACAGCCUAAGCCUACUCUCCUACCUCACCUCCAGGCCUCGGCCCCACCUACCUCCUACCCGGUCUUCCUGCCCGCGGGAUCGCUGGGGCAGGGCUGCGGUACUGUGUUCCCUUCUGCCACCUGGUGGCCGGCGGCAGGAACUAUCAGUAGACAGCUGUUGCUUCCAUGAAACGGAAAAAUAAAAAUCAUGUUUUCUUAA